UGCUACAGUAGUGAAGCAGUCAUCAUAACUGCGGGAGAGCGAAGGCGCCCACGCAAGGGAUAUAUUCGUUUACGUGUUCACCCACCGUGCGUUUCAUUUUGUGUGAAGCACACAUGGCGGUGGAUGCUUCGACAGCGAACGUACGUGGCAACUACGUUGCCUCGAGCCAGCCAGGAUGUCACAUCGCGCAUCACGACGCGGAGUGGAUAAUCGAAGCCACAGAUUUCGACCUUGAAGACUACGGGCUGGAGCCUGGAGACGAGGAGGGGGUGCCAGACAUGAUCGUUGACCCAGACACCCGUUCCCUGAGCGUUAUCAACACCGGAUACGACACGGACAAAUCGUUUUUCAUCACCACUAAACACGCAGCCUUCGACGGUCAGCGCCGGCCGAUGGCGGCGGGGCCAACCCGCAACAGCGAGGGCCAAGAGGACCUUGUAACGACGCUUGUUCUGAUAGUGAAGCCCCGUGGGGUAAUCGAGGCCUGCUACUUGGACGUCACCGAAGGGCAGGGGUGUGGAGAGGAAGCGAUCGAUUUGUUCUCGGACAUCAAGAACGUCAAGCAACACCCUAACCCGGCCGCGUGGGAAUCCUCACGCACGUACCCGUUUCCUCUUGGGGGAAACGCCCCCUUCCUCUGUUCUCAGGGAGUGGGCGGUAGCUUCACCCAUUUCUUUCCCGGCACACACCACGCGCUGGAUUUCGAAUGCCCCGAGGGAACGCCAAUUCUAUCGCUUGCGAGUGGGACAGUCAAGGAAGUACGGCAGUCCGAAACUGCCGGCGGAGUACACGCAAGAGGGCUGUUUCACUGGAAUUCGGUUACCGUCUUGCAAGAGGAUGGUCUUCUAGCGGAGUACGUCCACAUUCUGGCGGGGUCCGCGCUUGUCAAUCCGGGCGAUCGAGUUGAAGCGGGGCAACCACUUUGCUUAUCAGGCGGGGCGGGGUUUUGCCCGACACCUCACCUGCAUCUCCAGUUGCAGGAAGGCGAGGGUGACACUGCUCCUACGGUGCAGUUCGCUAUGCUCGACUGCGAAGGCAACUCAUAUUUUCCAGUUGCCGGAAAGUGGUACGGCCCCCAGGGUGAGGUUACACCCCCGCCCUCGAUUGUCCAACCACAAGGGGCGCUUGGAAGGGUGGGUGCCGUACAGGGAGAGCACAGCGAGCACCAUGACGUUGGCGAUGGAAAAGGGUCGGGCUUUGUCGAGGAGUGCGCUGAAGGUUGUGCGCAACGUCCUCAAAGAGAGACUUGUCCAUUACCACGAGCUUCCCGAUAG